AUGGAUCGUCUCUCAGCGCUUGUGGACGGCUUUCUUGCCUCCACGCACUCAGAUGCUGUCGACGCCCUGAGAGCGUUCUUCCUUUUUGGAGCCUGCACGGUUCUUACCCUCAACUUGUUUGCUCCUCUGCGUUCCCGUUUCAUUACCUAUGGCGCCCGUGCAGCUUCGUCCUCAACGACCGCAGAGACACAAAAGCCGUCCAGCAAUGACACAAAAACCUCCCUGAUAACGCGUGCUCUCAACUUCUUGCAGAGUCUGCAGGUGCCUCACAGUUACUUCACGCAGUUCUAUGUGGUCUCAAUCCUGUCGUCGAUCUUCUGGCUGGCUCAGCUGCUCCUGCGAGGUUCCAUGUUCCAGGCCAUUACAGCUAGAAUCAGUCCAGAACAUCUGCAGAGCUCCAUGUCUGUGAAUCAGGCCAUGUUGUGUUGGGUUUUGAUGGUCGUGCAUAGUUCAAGGCGCCUUGCCGAGUGCCGUCUCUUUUCCAAGCCGUCUGCAUCUCGGAUGUGGUUUGUUCACUGGGUUCUAGGGAUCUCGUUUUACCUUGCAGCAACAGUGGCAAUUUGGAUUGAGGGAGCAGGAGCCCUCCGAUCUCACGAGCUGACCUUGGAUCACGUCAAGAUUACCAAUGCUCCCUCGUUGCGAACGUUUAUUUGCCUGCCUUUGUUCCUGCUCGCAUCCGGUCUCCAGCAUGACUGCCACCACUACCUCUUCUCGCUCAAAAAAUACACCCUUCCUACUCACCCAUUGUUCAAUAUGAUCGUGUCGCCGCAUUAUACGGCCGAGUGUGGUAUAUACUUGUCGUUGGCGUUUUUGGCUGCUCCCUCGGGAGAGAUGGUUAACAAGACACUUCUCUCGUGUCUGGCCUUCGUUGCCGUGAAUCUAGGCGUCACUGCUGGAAUCAGCAAGGAGUGGUACAUGCAGAAAUUUGGCGAAGAUUCGGUGCGAGGAAAAUGGAAGAUGAUUCCUGGGACAUACUAA